AUUUCUUCUUUCAGUUUUCGCCACUCGUUUCUUGUGUCGAGUUGGUUGAAUUUGUACGUUCCUAUCGUAUUCUUAUUUAAAAAUUAGAUAGGUUUAUUGAAAUAGACUCUUGCUUUUCCAUCUAAUUCGGAACCAGUGUCCUGUGAUACAGUGAAUCUGUGUAUUUUUUUAUUUUCAUUUUCGGCCAGCAGACGCUUUACAUCCCAAUAAUCACGCAAUCUAUAAAUAGUUGAACAAGCAUAGUUAACAAGUGAUAUUUUUAAUUUAGACUAGUGUCAUUAUAUUAAACAAUGGAUCCUGGGUACUUCGACACAGUUAGGGAGCAGAACCCGCGGGAAAGGAGUAACCUAUUGGCGAAACUUUGUUUUCUAUAUACAUGGCCCAUAUUCGCGAAGGGGAGGAAAGGUCAGCUCAGCAUAUCAGAUAUGUAUAGAUGUGCCCCUUACCAUCAGGCAACGCCCCGAGGUGACGUGAUGUCAGAGAUUUGGAGUGAACAGCUGCGAAAAAGAGAUAAAGGCAAGAAGCCCUCGCUACUAAAAACAGUACUCAAAAUCCACGGCUGGCCGUUCGUUAUAGCGAAUACUCUUUUUGGGGUACUUGAGAGCAGUACAAGACUAUUAAUACCAGUGUGCCUUGAGGGUCUCAUCAAUUAUUUCACCCCUUCGCACGGGGGUGUGUCCACCACAGAAGCAUAUUUGUAUGCGGCCGGUGUUGUUGGUUUAAUGGCUUUCAAUGCGGCCAUGAUGCAUCCAAUGCUACUGUGGCUAUUGGAGCUGGCGCUGAAAAUCAGAGUCGCUUGCUGCUCGCUUAUAUAUAGAAAGCUGCUCCGCCUCGAUUUAACCGUUGGGGGCAAAGCGUCUGAAGGUUUGGCUGGUCACGUGAUUAACCUCUUGACCACCGACGCGCAGAGGUUCGACAUGGCGUCUCUGUUCCUGGUGGACCUCGUGAAGACUCCGAUCGAGAGCACCCUCAUCAUAUACCUCAUGUACAGGCAAAUUGGGUUCGCUGCACUGAUUGGUGUAGCCUUCCUGUUACUCUUUAUACCAUUGCAAGGCUACCUCGGCAAAAUAUCCAGCAAACUACGUCGCAAAACCGCAGUACGAACAGACAACCGCAUACGACUCAUGAACGAAGUCAUACAAAGUAUAGAAGCCAUUAAGAUGUAUGCCUGGGAAGCCGCGUUUGCUAAGAUCAUCGCGGACGCCAGAAAAAAGGAGAUGAACGUAAUCAAAAAGAUGUCCUGGCUCCGGGCGGUGAUGAUAUCGUGCGUGAAGCUGAACACGAAGGUCGCGAUAUUCCUCAGCAUCAUAUCGUAUUUGUCGUUCGACAACGAUCUGACUGCGGCGAAGGUGUUCGUCGUGUUCGCCUACUACGAAAUGUUGAGAUAUACUCUAGUGGAUUUCCUCCCCCUCGGCAUAACGUUCACAUUAGAAGCGUACGUGAGUCUGAAGAGGAUACAAGAGUUCCUUCUGCUGAGCGAGGUCGAUACCAAGGACGGGGUCGAUCUGAAGAAGAUUGAAGUCGUUACCACCAAUGGGGUGUUCGAAAAGAUCGGCAACGGACAACAAGCCUACAUUCGGUCGGAAAGCAACUUGGAGCAACCCAAACCACAGAAUCUGGUCGUGAUGAAGCACUUCACCAGCCAUUGGAAGGUCGAGGGUGAAGAGAAACAGGUGCCUGCGCUAUGUGACAUAAAUUUAACGAUAAAACCGGAUUCCCUAACGACAAUAGUGGGCACAGUAGGCUCCGGCAAGUCCACACUAUUGCAAGCUAUACUGCGCGAGGUGGCGCCCACGGGCGGACAUCUGGAGGUCGGCGGGGUGGUUGCUUACGCGGCCCAGGAGCCGUGGCUGUUCGAGGCCUCGGUAAGACAAAACAUCCUGUUCGGUCAACAAAUGGACCUGCGGCGGUACAAGCAGGUGAUCAAGUGUUGCCAGCUAAAAACUGACUUAGACAUACUGUCGCAUGGAGACAAAACUAUUGUUGGAGAGAGAGGGGCUUCUCUCUCCGGUGGUCAGAGAGCUAGGAUAUCGUUGGCGCGGUGUGUUUAUCAAAAUGCUGACCUGUAUUUACUUGACGAUCCCUUGGCGGCAGUCGAUGCUAAGGUAGCCCAAGCUAUAUACGAAGAGUGUAUUAGAGGUUUCCUAAGAGAUAAAGCUACAGUAUUGGUCACCCAUCAUGUCCAGUACGCGAGGCAUGCUAACGUCGUCUGCGUCAUGAGGAAAGGGGGUAUCGUUGCGCAAGGCACGUAUAACGAACUAAAAACAAGCAUGGCGGACUUCAAGGAGCUUAUUGAGAUGGGAGAGAAGGUUGAAGAGGAGAAGCAGAAGGCGAAAGCUCAAGUUAUGCAAGAGACCAUCGUAUAUAACGUGAUGGUCAACACAGACGAACACAAAGCUGAUUCGAAAAUAAAUGAUCACACUUACAAGCUUCGAUCACAGCGGUCCCUGUCUGAAGCGUCACAGCUUUCGUUCAAUAUGGAUUUGGAUAACAAUCUAGAUCCAAAAUAUGAAGGUGAAACCCAAAGCAAAGGCUCCGUAGACAGCAGCGUGUACCUCUCAUACAUCAAGAGUGGCGGGAAUAAAUGUUACAUGACGUUGUUGUUCGCGCUGUUCAUACUGGCGCAGAUAUUUUAUGCGGCGACCGACGUUUGGCUCAAAGAGUGGGUGAAUCUAGAAGAACGGAACAAUGCAAUAAUCUCCGAAUUUAGAAGCAAAACUAGCGCAUUGAACGGCUCCAUCGGGAAUAGUACGGGAGUUCCUUCGGUACCAGAGGUGGUAUACACAGAUAUCCCUACGAACUACUUCCACUUGACCCGAGAGCAGUGCGUCUACAUCUACGCUUCCUUGAUCGCCAUUUGCGUUUUCUUCACGUGGAACAAGUUGGUCGUGUUCUACAAUACGUGCAUCCGCGCGUCUGUCAGUCUGCACGAUGCCAUGUUUAGGGGUGUAACGAACGCGCCAAUGUGGUUUUUCCACCACAACCCUUCGGGACGAAUCCUGAACCGAUUCUCCAAGGACAUGGGUCAGAUCGACACAUUGCUGCCAAUGGCGCUAGUUGACUGUUUAGGGUUCUUCCUCGAAGUGGUUUCCAUUCUGGUGGUGGUGUGCGUGGUGAACUGGUGGCUGUUGCUGCCGACCGCGCUGGUGGCCAUUUUGCUGUUCAUGCUGAGGAAUCUCUUCCUCAGCACCAGUCGGGAGCUCAAGAGGAUCGAGGCUAUUGCUCGAAGCCAAUCGCUAAACCACGCAGCGGCAACAGUGUCGGGCCUCACCACCAUCAGAUCGACUCGAGAACAGCAGCGCACUCUGGUGGCAGAGUUCGACAAGCUGCAGGACCUGCAUUCUUCGUGCUGGGCGGCGGUGUUAAGCACCAACCGUGCGUUCGGCUGGUGGAUGGACAUGCUGUGCUGUUUGUACCUCUUUGCUGUCACCUUCAGCUUCUUACUCUUCACUAGAGAAGACACUCUUGGUGGCAACGUGGGUCUGGCUGUGACGCAAGUGAUAGGGUUGGUUGGCAUGUGCCAGUUCGGAAUGAGGCAAACGGCCGAAGUCGAGAACCAAAUGACAUCUGUGGAAAGAAUCCUGGAGUAUCAGAAUCUACCAUCAGAACAGCCGAUGGAGAAAGACCCACUGGCUCUGAAGACCAAUCAUCCUAGUUUGGACUUCGAUAAGUGGCCAACGAAAGGUGAAAUAGUAUUCGAAGACGUGAGCCUGGAGUACGAGCGGCCCCCGAAGAAGGAUCAAGAGCAAGGCGAUGUGAAGAAGCCGGCGCCGGCGCUGCGCGGCGUGAGCUUCAGCGCCGGCGCCGCGGAGAAGGUGGCGGUCGUGGGCCGCACCGGCGCCGGCAAGAGCUCGCUCAUCAACGCUCUCUUCAGACUAAGCCGUAUAACCGGUAAAGUGACAGUCGACGGCGUCACAGCCGACGAGGCUGGACUCCGUUGCUGGCGAUCUAGACUGUGCGCUUUGCCUCAACGCCCGGCUUUGUUCGCCGCCACGUUGAGGGAUAACCUAGACCCUCAGCAUAAAUACAGUGAUGCUGAGAUAUAUGCUGCUUUGGAACAGGUGGAGCUUCUCGAGCUGGUGUCCAACAUGGCGGCGGGGCUGAGCACGCGGGUGGGGGACGGCGGCGGCAACCUGUCCACCGGACAGCGGCAACUCGUGUGUCUCGCUCGCGCUGCGCUUGCGCGGUGUACUGUGCUCGUAUUGGAUGAGGCUACUGCCAGUGUGGACACUGAGACAGACAAGCACAUACAGAACACGAUUCGCACGAAGUUCGCGAACGCGACGGUCCUCACGAUAGCCCACAGACUGAACACCGUGAUGGAUUACGACAGAGUGAUCGUAAUGGACAGAGGGCAGGUGGUGGAAAGCGGUCACCCGUACGAGCUGCUGACGCAGACGCCGCACAAGACGCAGGAGGUUCUCAAGAGGAAUGUACUCUCCAAACCACAGCAGGCGCCGCUCGCCAUUCCAGAAAACUUUACAUUUGAGCCGUCCACACACGAGGCCAGCGAAAAGAAUCGCAAUAGAACUUUUUCCACCAGAUCAGAAGCGAGUGAGUCGGAAAAUGGCGGGAUAUUCAACAUGCUUGUAGAGCAAACGGGCAAGGAGACGGCCGCCAUGCUUUACAAAAUGGCGGAAGAGAGCUAUAAGAAUAUGUUGAAGAAGAAAAACUCAUAAACAGCGUCACAUUCCUAAUAAAAAAAAAUUACAUUGUCUUUUCUGUAUUAACUAUUUGUCGAAAUAAGAAUUCGCAAAGUAGAUUAUGGUAUUCAAAUCGUAUUUGUAAUCAAUUGGUAAAUAUAUUUGGGUAAUACCCACUUUAUCAUAAUGGUCUAACGCAAAAUGUUCCUUGUGCAAAAUGAGCGCUCGACGCAGAAUAGACACUCCGCGAAUGGACAUUCGCAAAAUGUGCAUUCGAAUUUGUAAAACGCAUAUAAAAGAUGCUUGUGAUAUGUGAAAUAAGAAAGUUUUACAUUUUGCACUUUUUUGCAAAGUGCUCGUUCUGCGUCAAAUGCUCAUUUUGCGAAAUCUCCAUUUUGCGUCAGAUUUUAUUAUACAAUAAUAGAAUUCAUGUCGCAAGCUAACGGAACAAUGUAUUGUAAAACAGACAAUCAAUAGUUCAACUAAAAAAUUAUUCAAAAUAAUGUCUUCUUUGUUUAAAAUUGUGUGCCCAUAUAAUUCUAAUGCUAUGUCCACAUCGAGUAAAUGAAAUGUAUUCAACGGCCAUACUGUUGUCUCUUUCUGUUGUACCAAUCACAGUCUUGCAGUGAGCGGCUUUGUAACUAAAAUAAUAACCAAAUUUUCUUUGCUCAGUGUGGACAUAUUUACCCACAUUUAAAUUAGUUACCAUUUGUACUAUCAAAAAUAAUUUAUUUUUUACAUUUUAUAUUAUAAAGAUUGUGAACCGUUCAGAACGGUGUCGCGAAAAUUAUUCGAAUUUAUCAAUGAGCAGUAUUCAUUAUUUUAAAAUUUUAUUUAAUCAUUAUUAAGUUAUUCGCUUUAAGUAUUUUGUUUUUUGGAAUUAUUUAAGCUGUAGUUAUGAGUCUGAACUUGAAUACAUGUAUCGGGCUGUUAUAAAAAUAAUAAUUGAACAAAUCAUUUAGAUUUAAAAAGAACUGCCGAUAUUUCAAAUCGUAAAGGAAUCUAGAUUAUGUAAAUUUUAUCAUGUUUUUUUUAUAGCUUUUCGCAAUAUUAGGACACUUUAAAUUAGGCAAUUAAUAUUUACAGCAGGGUUUAUUCAUGUGAAUGGAAAAUAAAUAUAACUCUUAUUCAUAAAGAAAUAAAAUUUGUUUUAGGUAAAUCUGUCCUGUCUUGUCUCACUUUUUAAUAUUUCACAUUGAACAUAAGAAACAUAUUUUAAACAUACGAGUUUUGAGUAUUAUUAAUUAAUAAACUAGAGUAGCAAUAAUAUCGAUAGCUUGCAAUGACAACAAUAUGAAUGCUAUCGAUAAUUUUGCUUCAUAUCGAUUGUCUCUCAAUAAUGGGAUAUCGAUUGCCAAUAUAAUAAAAUAGGCUUUAACUUUUUAUGAAUAAGAGUGUGUGUAAGUUUGUUCCGAUUGUUCUCCUCAAGUGUGCUCUUCCUUUACUGAGAAAAGUCCAAAUAGUACUUUUUAAAAUAUUUUUAUAGUACUUACAGACUGUGAAUAUGCCUUACCUCAUAUAAAUUAGUAGUUUAGACGGAAAAUUCAAAAUUCUCCGUAGUCUAAGCAUUGUAUUUAAUUCGGUGCUAUGAUGUCAAGUUAGCAAUUAUUAUUGUAUUAUUAACAAUUACAAUAAUAUUGUUUUUAUUUCUACAUUUUUUCCAUAUCAACAAACAGUGGCUGGACUAACAAAUAAUAAUUGUAUGUAUGUUUAUUUAUCGUUUUCUCGUGAAGAAAUCGCAAGUUUUUUACUAACCGAAACAGUUUUGAUGCAUUUACUUAAUACGUACUUAGGUUAUAAAGAAAAAAAUUAAUUUGACGUCAUACUAAAGGCCCGUGCACACCGCAUCCUUUUGCAGCACGAUUGUAUGGAAUUUUUCGCAUGUACACGACAAAAUUCUAUUAUAUCUGUAGUCAGUUAUUUUUAUUAUUUCCACGUGAAAAGGUACCUUAUGGAGGGCGCCAUAUGGGAGCCAACAACUUAUGAAAAAGUGAAACGCCAUAUGCGACUUCCCUACAUAAAGUAUUAUUUCUCACUGAUUCUCACAUAGACACUCACUACGCAGUCGCGACUUAGUAAACGAUACUUAUUUGAAACUUAUACUUAAAUGCCUUUAUUAGGGUGCUAUUUAAUUAAGUGUCGUAUGAGGUAUUAAUAAAUUAAACUUUUGUCACGUUAAAGAAUGAUUUAAUCAUGUGUUAUAUAAUGUAAACGCAAUUUUUUAAAUUGAAAAACGCGAAAAACUUAAAUAUCGUGUGUUUAAGCAAAAGAAUAUUUCAUUUCUAAAAUUGAUAUAAAUUAUAUUGUUGCUAUUUUUUCUAUAUUUCACCGAUUAAACCUAAAAAUAGAAUCACAAAUUGCUUCUUAAAAUCGUAUAUUUCUUUUUGUAUAAAAAAUAAUUUAAGUAUAGAAAAAUCGAAUAUCCUUGAUGGUUCACAUCUAUUUCGGAGGUCAAUUUUUUGUGUGAUAUUUUUAUAAUAAAGACGUAAUUAUUUGCAAAAAUAGAAAUCCAUAUAUUGUAACAUGGCACAUAUUUUUCCCGCUAAUAGUAAAUCCUCGUAUUUUUACAUUUAUUUAUUAUUUUUAUUAACAUCAAAAUAGUUGUAUGUGUGCAAUCAUUGACUGUGAAUUUAAGGUUAAGAAUCUAUUUUCAUGUCACUGGUAUCGUAACAUAACACUUCAGUCAUCCAUUUCAUUUAUCUAAAACUCCUACCUACUUACAGUCAUGUUUUCUUGUAUCUAUGCCCCAAAUUGUAGCCAAUUUUACAACAUUUAGAAUGUCAAUUGCCAUUAUGUGAUAUUUCCAAUGCAUCUUAAAUAGUGUUAAUUUUUAUAAAAAUCUAUUUAUUUUAAACAAAGUUACUUUAUGUCGAACGUAUUCUCAAGUUUUCUAAUGUUUUUAAUAUACUUAAACUUUAUAUUUUGUAAACGCGCCAUAAUUUAAUACGUUCAGUAUUUUUUGAUUUCGUGAUUAGUUUUACUGUAAUUAUGUAUAGUAGUUAAUUAUAUAAUUAUUUCCCAAUUAUGUAGUACGCGCUUCCAGGUUUUUUAUUAAAAAUCUACCAAUUUCGGCGGCGGUUGUACAUUAUGUGAUAUAGAAAAUAAAUAUAUUUUGAAAUAAUACAUUGUUUUAUCUGUGAAAUGUGUAACGACAGAGCUGUCAAUGUCACCAAAAUGCCGCCUUUUUAUGUCAAGAGAAAAAGCUGUCUUUUACAUAGGCACCUACAUUGGGAUUACUCGGAGACGACGAAACCAGAGUACAUUUUUAUAUAUACUAUACGAAACCAAGAUUCUAUUUUUGUUGAAUCCUUACAUUCCCAUAUUUCUCAACAUCAUAUUUUUUCACGAAGCUUAAGAAUUGUUGCACAUGACAAUGACAUCGGACACACAGAUAUAAGAACAUAACUAAUGUUCUUAAAUCUAUAUAACUAUGUACGCAUGGUAAAAUCUGAUGUGCCCUCCCAUCAGAUUUUUAAUGGAAACCUACCCCCCAUUUAGGUACUUAAUAGUCAUUUGUUCCACAUACCCUGUGGAAUUUGUCGCCCAUCGACGCAUCCAAACCAAACUAGCCUAGGUUAUUUUUUUAAUAUAGGCUAAUCUAAUGCAUAUAAUAAAGCAGUUCUUAUAUAAAUAAAAUUCAGUUUUAUAGCGUACAAUGCUUUAUUCAAUAGAAACAGACAAGGCAGAAAGUAUAAGUUUACAUAGUGAAAAAGCUCACAUAAUUUAUUUACAUUCUUGACCUCUCAGUUAGCGGUCUACGCAGAAAGUCCCUUCCGCAAAAUGUCAACAUGUAACUUUUGGUCACGUUUGGAUAACGUCAUUAUCUGAAAAUAUAAGGGCAUUUCCACACAUCUUAUGGCUAUACUGCGGUGUGACUACAACUAUAUCCUACAAAAUUUAAAUUUUAACAAUAAUAUUUGGUUAGACAAAGAAUUUCAGUCAUAAUUGAAAGUAAACUACAAUACUAAAAAUCUAUAUUACUUUGAAAGCAAAAUAGAACAAUAGGAAAAUAUGUACACGAUUACAUUUUUAUGCAAUUUUCGAACUAAGGCUACUGGGGUAUUAUUUAAUCUGUGCUAAGGCACUAAGUGACCAAUUAUAAAAUUGUAAAAAAUAUAAUUUUAUUAAUGUUCUUAAAUGUUGAAAAAUGACCAAUUCGCAAAUCGAUACAUACACAUAGAUGGUCAGUUUAAUCAACAAAAUCGUCAUUUUGCGAAUAAGGCAUUUUACGAGUAACAUUUAUGUGAAAUUCAAAAUUAUGACAGGACAAAAGAUAUUCACAAAACCCCGCUGAAUCGUUAAUUCAGUUUAUGACGGUCGUCAAAUAAACGUACGUCGACCGUUAGGCGGUUUACGAAAUGAGACACCAGGUCGUGCGGGUCGAAUGACCACGCAUAAAGAAAAGAAUAUGCAAGCACAUACAAAAUGUGAAUUUAGCAAGUAUAUCGCGCUGCGAUGUCGUCAAAUACACAAUUAUAUUUGUUAUGUAAUUACAUUGAUUAAUAUUUUCUCAAACAAUAAGUAAAUAAAACAUUAGAAAUGGGAAAAUUUAUUAAAUAACAUUUCAAAUGAGAAUAGACGCCAUACGAUUAGAUAAAUUAGAAAUAAAAUGAGCUAUGUACACUCCGUUAUUUCUUACGAGUUCAACAUGUAAACAAUCUUCACAGUACAUAUUAAUGAAUUUUGAUUUUAAAAAAAAACAAA